CCGUCUUUGACGCGCAAUCACGGGAUGCUGUGCGCAAAGCGGCACCGUCUGUGGAUCUCAUCUCCUCCUGUGAGCACCUGUGUGAACGGAAAUGAAAAUGAACGGCACGACGUUUAACCAAACGGAUGGUGGUAUUUAUAUUUUUUCCAACCGGACUGAGGGGAUCUUGUCGUGUUGUAACUUCUCGUCGGUGGUGACGGACGACGGCUUCGCGGCGGCGGCGACGCCGGACGAUGAGCGCAGCCUGUUCGUCAUGAGAGCCGUGCAGAUCGCCGUGAUGUGCGUGCUCUCUCUCACCGUGGUCUUCGGCAUCUUCUUCCUCGGCUGCAACCUCCUCAUCAAGUCUGAGGGCAUGAUUAACUUUCUGGUGACGGAUCGGCGGCCGAGCAAAGAAGUGGAAGCGGUUAUAGUUAGCGUGUAUUAGCGCUCUGUGGUGACAAAACUUGAGACAUGGACGCAGCUGGAUCUCUUUCCAGUUAAUGCAGGCGAAGUUGAUUUCAAAGCUCAGACUGAGGUUUUUAACUGUUAACUCAGUAGCCCAUGGCACCGUUUUGUAUGCGCUUUCACAUCAUUCCUCUUCAGCCAAAGUCUAUGUUUAUUCAGCAUUCUGUAGAUUUCAUGUGCGCACCACCCAAAUUACAAGAAGGUCAGACGAACCUCAUCUCCUGAACUUAUUAUCUGAUUUGUCUUAUUAUAAUGUGUUAUUAUAAGUCACAUUCAUUUACCAAAAGUAUUUUUUGCGCACUGAAAAUUGCUGCAUAUUGUCUGCAACCAAAUUUUUAAUGACCAGACUAUAUUACAAUUUUGUACAGCUGCACAGGUUUGCCUUUGUUUGUUUAAAUCGAUAGGUUUCGAAUAAUGUUUUACCUUUA